AGAAGAGAUGACCAGCAGUUAAAAUCCAGUCUGAUGAGACGUACAGGAACAUCAAAAGUGCAAUCAUCAAUGGAUGUGUUUUAAUGCAUGAAGCCAUAUAAAGAGGGGCAACACCAGAAAGACUUUCACUUCAGCUGCAGUAUCGACUCUCUACUCUUAAACCCAAACAUGGCAAGCAAACAUUCCAGCUAUGAAGCUAUUCUACGAAAUGAUGAGGAGCUGAGGAUUGUGAUGGUGGGGAAGACAGGAAUUGGGAAGAGUGCCACAGGAAACACCAUUAUUGGGCAUAACUGCUUUGAAUCAAAGUUCAGCGCCACGUCUAUGACUGAUGAGUGUUCUAAGGCCUAUGCUGAAGUGGAUGGACAAAAGGUUUCUGUUAUUGACACCCCAGGUCUCUUUGACACCAGGUGGGCCCAGGAUAAAACACAUAAAGACAUAAGCCAGUGCAUUUCCUAUUCUUCUCCUGGACCCCAUGUCUUCCUGGUUGUCAUCGCGCUCGGCAGAUUCACAGAUGAGGAAAAGCAGACAGUGCAGAAGAUCCGAGAAAUGUUUGGCCAGGCUGCAGACAAAUACAGCAUGGUUCUCUUUACUCAUGGAGACCUUCUUAAAAACACCACCAUUGAGGAGUUUUUAAAGGACAGCCCAGACCUGCAGGAACUUGUGGCCAGGUGCAACGGUCAGUACCAUGUCUUUAAUAAUGAUCUGGAGAAUCGCUCACAGGUCACCGAGCUGCUUAAGAAGAUCAGAACCAUAGUCCAGAAGAACGGAGGAAGCCACUACACCAACGAAAUGUACCAAGAGGCAGAAAGGGUAAUCGAACAGGAGAAAAAACGCAUCCUGAAAGACAACGAGGAGCAAAGACGCAAAGAGAAAGAACAACUGGAGAAGAAACUACGAGCUGAAUAUGAAGAAAAGCUUCGAAAUGUAAUGGAGAAAUUCAGAGCUGAAAUUGAGGAAGAGAGAAGAGAGAGAAAAAGGGUACAACAUGAUAUUAUUGAUUUGAAGAGGGAAAGGGAGAGGCAUACUAUUGAAAUGAAGGAGAUGGAGAUGGCAAGGAAUAGGGACAGGAAACAAAUGGAGCAGAUGUUGAAGAGGGAUAGGAAUGAAAAUGUGCAUGAUAAUAUUGAUUUGAAGAGGGAAAGGGAGAGGUAUGCUAUGGAAAUGAAGGAGAUGGAGAUGGCAAGAAAUAGGGAGAAAAAAAAAAUGGAGCAGAUGUUAAAGAUAGAUAGGAAUAAAGACGUGCUUGUAUUAAACAGUACGAUGAAGAAGCUACAGAUAGAUUUGGAAAAGAAAAAGCUGGAUAUAGAGGAGUGGAUAAAGAAAAAAGAAGAGGAGAGGAAAGUGUGGGAGACAAGAAGGAAGGAGGAAAUUAAGGAGAUGGAAAAGAGAGGAGAGGAGAGGAAAGAGUGGGACACAAGAAGGGAGAAGGAAAGGAAGGAGAUGGAAAAGAGAGAAGAGGAGAAAAGGAAAGAGAUGGAAAAGAGAAAAGAGGAGGAGCAGCAGAAGAUGAUUCAACAAUUAAAGGCAGAGCAUGAAAGAGUUCUGAAAGAGCAAGCAAAACAGUUACAGGAAAAGCAUGACAAAAAGGCCAGAGAGAAAGCAGAAAAGAAAAACAAGUGUACAAUUUCCUAACAAGGCAGGGAGUGUGAAUUAUAAACUCUGUUUUGAACCGUGGUUGAUCUAGACUAAAAUUCCACUGAUUGUCUAGUGUUACCCAUUGAUGUGUUGAGCUGCAGAAUAAUAUACUGUAUGGAAAACUAAUUCAGCAAUAAGAAGGUUGGAAAACUUCCACCUUUUUAAUCACAACGUUAAACGGUGUGGGCUGUUCUAGUGUUAAAAAUACAGGCUUUUACAUUAGUAUUACAGUAAGGGUACAUUAAUUAGCAUUAGUUAAUGCAUUAAUAACACAUUCAAAUAAUUAAUUUUUUUGCUAUUACUUACAUAUACUUUUCUAAGCAUAAAAAAGGGCUCUCACUAACUUUCAAAGGUUGUAAACUGAUUUCCAUUCGGAAGUUAAUCCUUCUGCUUUUACCCCUUGAUAAGUGCCAGCUUGUUUUCCAUUGGAACAAUUCGCUUAUAGAUUUAGAUUUGAAUGUUAAAUUGCUAACUCUUUCUGAUUGGCUACUGUUGGUGUUUGUAAUGCAUAAUUAAAGUUUGAAUGUUAUAUAUCUAGUCAUUCUGAUUGGCUGCUGUUAACUAAUUUAAAUUGAAUGUCAAAUGGUUGGAUUUUUUUUUAAACACCUGUAAAUAUAAUUUC